AUGGCCACCAACUCGAUAUCAAAUAUUGUCUUUGAUUAUCCAACUGCUCCUCCUUCUCUUGCUACUCAUUUGAACGCUCCUGGACAUUCGAUUCGUAACUCUUCACAUCAUUUUCAUCCAGUAGCCACAGCAAAGAUUGGAAAAUCAUCCUGCAGUAGUAGUGACUCAUCUGGUCCAAUUCAAUCCUCAAGCGAACCUCUAAGAGUACCAACAAGAGUAAAUCCAACAAAGAAUCAAUCUUCCAUUUCUUUCAUUCCAUCUAAGAGUGAAAGCUCAACUAGUGCAUCUUCUUCGAAUAACAAAUCUAACAAGUCACUGAACUCUUCCACUAUUAAAGUGACUGAGGUUGGAGCUGUUAGCUCUGUCGAAUCACCAAAUUUCUGGGCUAGAAAGAGUAGAAAUGCUGGAUUCAAGAAGGAGGAUAAUCUCUCCGAUGGUUUGGCCACAUUCUUAUCAGAAAAGAAGACCAUUGAAGAUGGUCGUCCAGAGAAUAUCAGUGGUGCUACCCUCAAGAGAAGUAUUGCCACACCAGUUCCUAAUGAGAAACCAACAAGUAAGGUCAAAACAAUUGCUCCACCAUCCAAUGAUGAUCCACGCCCUAAUAGAUUGGCUCAAAUUCCACCUCCAGUGAUUAAGGAGAAGGCAAGAGGAAAGGCCAAGCUAAAGGAAACACAACCAACUAGACCGACCUUUGCUACUCACUACUAG